CCAACUAUGGCUGAUACCGUUGCUCUUGCUGCUGCUCCUGCCGCUGCCUCUCCGGCUAAGGCACCGAAGAAAGCCAAAGCGUCCAAGGGAGACGCCAAGAAGCCGAAGAAGCCUUCGACUCACCCUCCAGUGAACGAUAUGGUUUUGACCGCGAUCAAGACCCUGAAGGAACGUAAUGGAUCCUCGCUACAGGCCAUCAAGAAGUAUAUCGCUGCCAACUACAAGUGUGACGUUGCAAGGUUGGCCCCGUUCUUGAAAAAAGCCUUGAAAUCUGGUGUCGAAAAGGGAAAGCUAGUCCAAACCAAGGGAACUGGCGCCACAGGUUCGUUCAAGGUUAAGGCUGACGCAAAGAAACCAGCUGGCGAGAAGAAGGUCAAGAAAGCGAAGGAUACUAAAGCUAAGAAGCCAACUGGCGAGAAGAAGGUUGCCAAGAAACCAAAAUCCACUGUUGCUAAGAAAGCUGGCGAGAAGAAGGCUAAAGCGGCUUCGGCUAAAGUUGCCAAAAAGGCUGGAGUGAAGAAAGCUGCUGCCCCCAAGCAAAAGUCCACGAAGCCAUCCAAGACUGUCGCUAAGAAACCGAAGACCCCGAAGCCAAAGAAAGCCGUUCCAGCUAAGAAGGCUGCUCCGAAAAAAGUUGCUGCUAAGAAGUAAAUCUUUUUGAAUAUCUCCUGUAUUCAUUGCCGGAAUCAUCUGGUAGAAAACAAUCAGUCCUUAUAAGGACUACUAAAAAAGUAUCUGAAGCAGUUAAAAUUGAUCUUUCUCGUGAACAUUUUUCUUCAUUCUCACAUAAAUUGCUCAUUUGACGUUCUUAAAUGUUUUGCCAAAUACGCACAGUAUGGAGCAAAUCAAACGAGUUAUAUGCUAAAUAAUGUUGGUAAUUCAUGACAAUCUUACAUGACUUAAUUGCUAACGGCAAUGGCGUAAUUGCUGCAAGCUUUUUGAAUGCACAAAUUGUCAAUCGCGCAACAUUGGUGUGUAAGGCACGUGGAUACUUCAGCGAUAUUGCGAAAGUUAACAUUUGAUAAGAAUUAUAUUUCGAUCA